GAUUGGAUAGGGAGGGUGAUGUGACAGCUCCCUCCCUCGCUUCCUGUUCUAGUGCAUCGUUGCCAUGGCGACAGGGCCGCUCCUCCACACCCACGCCGAUCACCCCGGCUCGCUCACUGUGGAUGCCAGCGAGCGAGCGAGCGAGAGGUGUGUGUUCUAACCCACGCACUGGAGUGGGAGAUAGCGUGCGCAUGCUCACGUGCACACACACACACACACACAGCAGUGUGUGCGUGGGCUGAAGCCAGCAGCCUUCCACUCGUCCUGCUUCAUCCUCUCUCCUCAUCAGCAUCCUCAUCUUCCUCCCUGCUGGAUCAGUCCAUCAUGAUGGAGAACAAGUCGCUCAUCUGCUGGGAUGGGCCGGGCAGCUCCCACAAUACCAUCUGAAGGUCUCACUGCCGCCAUCCACCUGAGGCGUCCCCACGGCUUCGUCCAUCCAAGACAUCGAGUCUCCCCUCAUACUGGACCAGGACCAGAUCAGACCAGAUCACGAUACUUAAGCCUUAAAGCGGUCCGGCUCGGGAUCAGACCAGCACAGAUCGCUCACAGGAAAAGUUUGAUGGGACUGCUGCCAGUAGCCACAUGCCUCUGAGUCCAGCUGCUGACACCAAACAUGAUCGCCCACGCCAACAGGCGAUUACUAACGGCAACCCGACAGGCUCUCCCGUUGCCAGGGACGACGACGCGGAGGACACGCCCUCUGGAAACAGCAUCGUCGUCCGCAUCGGCAUCCCGGACCUGCAGCAGACGAAGUGUUUGCGGCUGGACCCAGAUUUACCCGUUUGGACCAGUAAGCAGAGGGUUCUGGUCACCUUGACUCAGUCUCUGUCGGAUGUUUUGAACUAUGGUCUCUUCCAGCCGGCGUUCAACGGCCGAGCUGGCAAGUUUCUGGAUGAGGAGCGACUGUUGAAAGAUUACCCCCUUCCCCCUAUCACGCCCAUCCCGUACCUGGAGUUUCGUUACAAACGCAGAGUUUACACACAGAGUUACGUGGACGACAAGCAGCUGGCCAAGCUGCACACAAAAGCCAACCUGAAGCGCUUCAUGGAACAUGUCCAUCAGAAGAACGUGGAGAAGGUUUCCAAAUGGCUGGAAAAAGGUCUGGAUCCAAACUUCCACGACUCCGACAGCGGUGAGUGUCCUCUGACGCUGGCGGUCCAGUUGGAGGAGAGCUGCGAGCUCAUCAAAGUUCUCCGCAGUGGCGGCGCUCACCUGGACUUCCGCACCAGAGAUGGGAUCACUGCGCUGCAUCGGGCCGUCAUGUGCCGGAACAGCGCCGCUCUCACAACCCUUCUGGACCUGGGAGCGUCGCCGGACUACAAGGACAGCAGAGGACUCACGCCACUCUAUCACUCCGCCAUGGUGGGCGGCGCCCCCUACUGCUGUGAGCUGCUGCUGCAGGACCACGCCACCAUCGGCAUGACAGACGAGAAUGGAUGGCAGGAAAUCCACCAGGCUUGCCGCUAUGGAAACGUGCAGCACUUGGAGCACCUGCUUUUCUACGGUGCUGACAUGAGCUCCCAGAAUGCAUCAGGAAACACCGCACUGCACCUCUGCGCUCUUUACAACCAGGACAGCUGUGCCCGAGUGUUGCUCUUCAGAGGAGCCAACAAGGACAUCAAGAACUACAACAACCAGACUGCUUUUCAGGUGGCCAUCAUUGCUGGCAAUUUUGAUUUGGCCGAAAUCAUCAAGAUCCACAAAACCUCUGAUGUUGUUCCCUUUCGAGAGACACCAUCCUACACCAAACGACGCCGCUUGGGAACCAUCAGGUUGCCAGCAGGAAACGGUCUCUGCUCGCCGCGCUCUUUGAUUCGCUCAGCCAGUGACAACGCGCUGGAAAGCCCCGCCUCCUCCCCCGGCCCCUCCUUGCAAAGCUUGGAAACACACCAUGACACACACACACACUCACUACGACGGCACACUCGCAGGCUCAGUCCGAGUGGCGCCGGGGGUCAUGUGGAGACCAGCCCCCCCUCGUCGCCCCCACUAACUCCCCAGCUGAGGAAGAAGAGGCUGUACAGCGCUGUGCCGGGACGCACCUUCAUUGCCACGCGCUCCCACGUACCCCAGGGGUCUGGAGAGAUCCAGCUGCACCGCGGCGAGAGGGUGAAAGUUCUGUCUAUCGGGGAAGGAGGAUUCUGGGAAGGAAGCGUCAAAGGAAGAACCGGCUGGUUCCCUGCCGACUGUGUUGAAGAGGUCCAGAUGAGACAGUACGACCCCCGACUGGAGACAAGGGAGGACCGCACCAAGAGACUCUUCCGGCAUUACACAGUAGGCUCCUACGACAACUACACAUCCUACAGCGACUACGUGAUAGAGGAGAAGAUGGCCGUGCUGCAGAAGAGAGAGAGCGAAGGCUUCGGCUUCGUCCUCAGAGGAGCAAAAGCUGAGACGCCCAUCGAAGAGUUUGCGCCCACCCCGGCGUUUCCCGCCCUUCAGUACCUGGAGUCUGUGGACCAGGGGGGCGUGGCCUGGAGGGCGGGGCUGCGUACAGGAGACUUCCUCAUAGAGGUGAACGGCGCCGACGUGGUGAAGGUGGGUCAUCGCCAGGUGGUGUCGCUGAUCCGGCAGGGCGGCAGCCGCCUGCUGAUGAAGGUGGUGUCUGUUUCCCGCAAGUCAGACACCAACCUGGUCAGGAAAAAAGCCCCUCCCCCUCCCAAGCGUGCACCCAGUACCUCAUUGACACUCCGAUCCAAGUCGAUGACCGCUGACCUGGAGGAGAUAGCCAGGAGGCGGCGCUUUGACAAACUGGAUGAAAUGUUGGCUGGAAGCACACAGGAAGUGGUCCUGCGGUCCCGCCCCUCCGAUGACUUCAGGGCGGCCACAGUGAAACAGAGGCCCACCAGCCGGCGAAUCACACAAGCUGAGAUUAACUCCUUGUUUGAGCGUCAGGGUCUGGUCCCCCCCACUGCCCCAGAGAAGAGCACCAUGGCUUUGCCGCGAGGAAUGUCCAGAACCAAAAGUUUUGGCACGCCUGAGGACGACAGGAUCUCUGCUCUGAUCAACGAAAGUCGUUUCCCGCGGAGCUCCUCACUGACGGACAGCUUCAUCCCGCCGCCUCCUCAGACAGCUCCUCCCCCUCCUCCCGCUGCUUCCUCCGCCUCCCCGCUCUUCCUGCUCGAUUCUGGGCCUCCUCCCUCCUUCCUUCCCCCACCUCCCCCCGCCCGAGGGGAGGGCCUGACUCGCUCCAGCUUCAAGCCAGGAGCGGAGCCGAGGCUGCAGGAGCUCUCAGACUCGCCAUCGAGGAGCCACGCCCACGCAGAGCGCCAGAGGAAGGCGAGGUCCAUGAUCAUCCUGCAGGACACGCCCCCUCAGCUGCAGACGGAGAUGCACGUCGCUGCUGCCAUGCACACGCUGCACACUGCCGCAGCGCACACCUCCACAUUGUCUCUCCACAGCCCGACCUCUGCCCUUGGCCAGUCACCAUUGUCACGCCGCCGCGGUCGGCCCAUAGAAAACCCUUACGCUAAUGUAGGCCAGCAGGCUGCGCCCUCUAAACCUCAGAGGAGGAAGUCACCGCUGCUGAAACAACUUCCUGUAGAGGAGCAAGGACUCAAAGAUCAUGAUGCCAAGUUGGAGGUGGGCGGACCCAGCAGCCCCAGCAGGGCAGAGCUAUACCAGCAGCAGGUCCUGUCUGAGCGUGCUCGGGUCCAGGGCCGCCGCUCAUCCCUCUUCCUGUCAGUGGAGGGCUCUGGUUCCGAAAACCAGGUUCCCCCUCUCCUGACGCAGAGUCACUCAAUGGACGACCUUGGGGAGUUGCCUCCGCCUGCACCUGUGCUGUCGCCAUCUCCAUCCCCUCACACCUUCCUCCACCCGCUGACAGGCAAACCUCUGGAUCCUUCAUCUCCACUCGCCCUGGCUCUGGCCGCACGAGAACGAGCGCUCACCGCUCGCACGCCCAGCCCUGAGCCACGGAGCAAACACGCUUCUGCCUCGACCACUCCCAUCCCCACGCCGGCCGCCAGUCCGGAGGGAAGACAUAAGCGUACGCCCAUCCCCACCCCACAGAGUAGCCCUGAGCCGCGAUCCAAACGCACCACCCCUCAGACCAGCCCCGAGCAGCGAAGCAAGCGCACCACUCCUCAGACUAGCCCAGAGCUCAGGCACAAGCGCAUAACUCCGCCCCUGUUCCCUGACGGACAGGUGGAACGGCCCGAAGCCGAGGGGGGCGUGACAUCUCCCGCCGGCCCCUCCCCCGAGCGCUGGAGGCCUGUCCCGCUGACAAGCUUGGCCAAUGAGAGCCACUCACCUCUGAUUGACAGGCGCAGGAGCCUGACAAUUGGCAGUUCGGAGGAAGAGGGCGGGGCAUACACCGUUACGCUCCCCCCCGCCUUGUUGUCGUCCAGUGACGAGGAGACGAGGGAGGAGCUGCGCAGAAUCGGCCUUGUGGCUCCGCCCCCUGCUUUUGCCAGCACUCCCGCCCCCCUCACCUUGUUGCCACGCCGAGGUGGCGAGGGCGGGGGCAGUGCUUCCGACUCUUUGGGGAGGAGAGCUGAGGAGGAGGAGGGUGAUGAAGAGCGUCUCCACGACAGCUCCUCUCCCAGCUCCCUUCCCCCAUCCAUCACCUUGGCCUCGCCUCCCGCUCCCCCUUCCCCCUCCUCACCACCUGCCUCUCACGCCGCCACAUCCCCGUCCGCCCUCAAACCCCGCCUCCGUUCCCCUAUUGGACGAGGCCGCUCAGCGCUCAGGGAUCCCCUCCUCAAGCAGUCGUCUGACAGCGAGCUCCUCCCCUUGGCCCCCUCCUGCUCCUCGCCCUCCUCGCCCCUCUCCGCCUCCCCCACCGGCGGACGCCAGCCUCGCUACCUCUUCCAAAGGCGCUCCAAGCUGUGGGGGGGUGGCGAGGACCGUGCCGACGACCGGCGAGGAUUUGGUUCUGAGGAGGGUGGGGGCCGGCCAGCAGCCCUAGGGGGUCAAGGGUCAGGGGUGGACUUGAGUGGACGGUCAGUGUCAGCGUCGGCGUUGGAGCUGAGUGGCCGCGUGGGGUCAGGCCUCGACCUCGCCAACCGGCUCCAACUGCUCAACAAGGACAGCCAUUCCUUGGGGGAGGAGCCAAGCUCUCUGGACCCGGGACGCAGGUCGCCAGUAGGCGGGGCCAGGUGUGUGGACAGUGGCGAUAGAAAAUCGUUGUUCUCCAGUCUGGGUGAGCUGCACACCAUCUCCCAGCGAGGAUACGGUGCCACCUAUACGGUCCGACCAGGAAGCCGUUACCCUGUCACCCGCAGAAGCCCCUCCCCUUCUCCCUCGGCCUCUCCCUCCGAUAGGACGACGCCGUGCUCCGACAGGCCGGACCUGAGCUCAGGUCGAGGUCUGACUAUCCUCAAGUCGUCCAGUCUUAGUCUGCCCUCGGAACCCAAAGAGGUCCGCUUUGUCAUGCGCAGUGCCAGCGCUCGGACCCGGUCCCGCUCGCCCUCUCCCUCACCGCAUGCCUCGCCGUGCCCCUCGCCGGUCCUGAGCGGCCCCCUGCUGGCCCUGCGGCCGUGGAGGCAGCGGCCUCUCAGCCUGUGGAACAAAUAUGACGUGGGCGACUGGCUGGAGAGCGUGGGCCUGGCCGAGCACCGCCAACGCUUCCAGGAGCACGAGAUCGAAGGCUCGCAUCUUCCCGCCCUCAGCAAGGAUGACUAUGUGGAGCUAGGCGUCACCCGACUGGGUCACCGCAUCAACAUCGAGCGGGCCCUCAGACAGCUAUUGGACGGCUCCACUUGACCUGAGUGUUAGCGAGCUGCGUGUUCUCUCGUCUCGUCGGCUCUUUCAUCAAACUCUGAAUUGCUGCAGAGCUCUUUAACAAGCACAAACCUUACAAGUGAAGAACCAAGUAAGUAACACCUGACUGAUGCUCCUCAGUGGUCAUCAGACCAGGGCUCGAACCUGCAACCACACAUCCCCACCAAAUGAGAGUUAAGUCAAGCAGUGUUACCCAUUCAGCCAAAAGCCCUGAGCUGUUAACCCACUGAGCAGCUGUUAAGGUGGCGGGGAGUGAGGUUCACCUUACGCACUAUUGCACAGCCACAUUACAUGGCAUCCUGAUAAACACCUGGAACACACACCUUGGCCUAGCCUAGCCUAUGCGAGUGAGCUAAUUCCACUUUGAUCAAAGAGCUGAUUAUUUUCCUCCAGUUAUCGAAAAGUGUUAUUUUUGACUUCCUAUCUUACUUAGCGCUGAUCAUUUAGCAACAACAAUGUGCUUGUGAUGACGUUUGAUGGUGGACUUCUUGUUGUGCUGCUGAUUGUCGACUGAUUGAUGGUGCUACGUGUUCCAGCGAAGCCAUCUGUACACUAAUCUACAUCUCGUUCAAUCUUAAAGGAGUUUCCUCUCUGCCAUAAGGGUUCGCUUUGAUCCCGCCAUACGUGGAGAUUCCUCCUUGCUUGCUCAGAUCUUUUCCUGUCGAAGAAGAGAGCUGCUCUUCAAUGUUGCUCUCCUACUAGCAUGCCAAUCCUGCUAGGAAGAGUGCGUUCAUCCACAAUCUUUCAUUUUAUUAUUAUUUUUACCAACAUGUACGCAUCGCCUCCAGCCGAAGAAACAAUGGAAGGACAACUAGCUUGUUAGCUAGCUUUAGCCAUUAAGAGAGAACUUAGCUUAGCAUAGCCUAGCACAAUAAAGCACACAAGGAAGCACAAGCGUUUCGUCCUUGUGUAUUGCUAACGUGCUAACAACGGCUAAGCUUCCAGAAGGGUUAGCUUGACGACAAAGAAAACUACAUGUUGUGCUAAAAUGUCAUUUACUGAGAAAAUGAGUCGAGAUGUGGCCACUACACCAGCAGCAGCCGUCCUUUCUGUCACAUGUCUUGCGAUGCAACGAUUACACGCCCCCAGAAACGAGCCCAGCAAGACACGGGACAGACACAUGUCGAGGUUAAAGCUGACGAAGAUACGAUGAAGACGGUAUGAAGCUACGUGUGGGUGGGAGGGCACGUUAGAUCAUUAGAACAUGUAGCUGAUUAUGUGAUCUGAAUAUCUUUGAUUCAUCAAGACGAUUAAUAAGCAAUAGACUCCUCCAUUGAUUAACUAUUGUUUCUUUCUAGAAGGUUGUUGUUGGACUGAGUGAUGACGUGUGUAACCUUUCUAAUAAAGGCUCAUUUACUACACACCUUCACCUCUCACCUUGUCUGCCUGCCUCAUGAUGGAUGACACACGUCCUCGCCUAGUUAGUUAAUUAGUGAGGAUGACCGCUGAAAAAAGUGGAUGAAGUUCAAGUCAGAGUCAGCAAAGUGACCUGGUUGACUCUGCCCACUCCAGGACGUUAACCAAAUCACAUUUUCCCACAAGAAACAAUGCAUUAAUCCAAUAAAUCAAUUCCCGAAAGCCAAAAAACAUGUUAUAGUUUUAGAAUUAUUCUUUUUAGGGCUGUCAAAAAUAGCACGUUAACGGCUCUCUAGUCCUCCUCGGAACGACACUUCCUCAUUGCCACUUGACCAUCGGCAGGUGCGUUCACUGACACUACGAAAAUCGCAGUAAUAGCUUUAUGCAUUUGUAUGUGUGGUCUAAAUAAACAGAAAGACAAUUAAAAACAAGAACUGGAUAUUCUUAUAAAUCACUAACUCUUAGUGUGGAAGUACAAUUUGCUGCAUCUACACUCACAACGUGAAUUCCACUGAGAUUACGUGGUGUCAUUGAACGCAACGAUUCUUGGCCACUACUAUCAGCGUUAGGCAAA